CUCGUUUGUGUGUGUAUGUGUGUGUGUGUGUGCGUAUGUGUAGGAAUUCCUCUGAGGAAAGCGAAGGAAAAUUAAAGUUCCCUCCCCCUCGCUCACCUUUUUCUUGUACACAAAUAACUCAAAACAUUGCAGUGCAGGCCGCUCGCGACUCAGCCGUCAGUGGAAACGCAAGUAAUCCACUCGUAACGCCCCCAUCAUUUUGCGCCGUCCCGUUCACACUGCACCUAACUGCCCACUCGUUGCAGCCGUCGUUCGUGUCCCGCUCAGCUAGCUGUCAUCCGAUCGUCGACCAUGGGAAACGAAAACUCGCUACCGAUGGAACUCUGCUCCAACUUCGAUGCUGAUGAGAUCAGGCGCUUGGGCAAACGGUUCCGUAAACUUGACCUCGACAACUCUGGUGCUUUGAGUUUGGACGAAUUUCUAUCGCUGCCCGAACUCCAACAGAAUCCACUAGUGCAGAGAGUUAUAGACAUAUUUGAUGAAGACGGCAAUGGUGAAGUAGACUUCAAAGAAUUUAUACAAGGAGUUUCUCAGUUCAGUGUUAAGGGUGACAAAGAAUCUAAGUUACGCUUUGCAUUCAGAAUCUAUGACAUGGAUAAUGAUGGAUACAUAUCAAAUGGAGAAUUGUUUCAAGUUUUGAAAAUGAUGGUGGGUAAUAAUUUAAAGGACACUCAACUUCAACAAAUUGUUGAUAAAACUAUAUUGUUUGCUGAUAAAGAUGAAGAUGGUAAGAUUAAUUUUGAAGAAUUCUGCUCUGUUGUUGGUAACACAGAUAUACACAAAAAAAUGGUUGUUGAUGUGUAAGUUGUAAGUUUCAUUAAAACAUGUUAAUAUAUACAGUAGAUUCAAAAUUGAAAUAAUACACAACAAUUAUAUAAAUAAUUUAAUUUCCCUUAAAUAUUCAAUUUUUUGUAAUCUUCCAGUGUUAUACACUCAUUAAGUCAUUGUAUUAUAACAUUUGUUCUCAUAAUUUUU